AUGCUAUCUAGGGCUAGUAGACGUGAUAAGUUGAAAGAACUCAAGGAAGCUAGACAAGCAGGGUCAAGUUUGAUAACGUACUCAGAUGGGGAAGAUGAUCAAGGUAUAUACGAUGAAGUUGACGAAGAUACAUAUAGAGAACGGAAGAGAAAUCAAAUGAUGAACGAUGACUUUAUUGUAGAUGACGAUGGUGAGGGAUAUGUGGAUAAUGGUGUGGACGAAUGGGACGAUAGUACUAGACCUCAAUAUUACUCUGAUGAGGAAGAAGAAGAAAAUGGAAAAAAGAGGAAAAAGAAUCAAAAGAAGCCAGUCAAAGUGGCGAAGACAUCAGAGAUAAAUAAUUUCUUCAAGAGCGGUGGCUUUACGUCUAGCAAGGUGAAGGCCCCAAAAAAGAUUGACGCCAACAUUGAUGAUAUUCUUGAAGAUUUCCUGGACGGUAAGAACGGGACCAAAAAAUCGAUGACCACGUCUAACACAUUUGGAGCACAAAGAAAGACUGUGAACAAGAAGAAAUCGAAACAAAAUACAUUCAGCUUUUCUACUAUGUCUAAAAGGGAUAAACCAAGAAAGAUAGACGAGUUGAGCAGCUAUGAUGAUUACUCUAUGGAUGUUGAUGCCAACGAACAACCUUCAUCUCCUAUCAAGAGAGAAUCAACUACACUUAAAGAAGAGGAUGCAGCUAAUGGUAUGGAGAAAGAAAAUGUUGACCCCCAAGUUAAGAAAGAGGCCACGCCCGAAAAUAAGAAUGGUAACGACCUAGAUGAAGAUGAAGACGAAAUUGAUGAUGACUCAGAAGAUGAAGUUAUAGUUACCAGGAGACCACGAGCCGCAUCUGCUAAUAAACAUAAAGCUGCAAACUUCUCAGCAGUAAAGGCUUCUAACAUCGCAUCGUCAUCCCCAUCUAGACCUACAGCCCACUCUUUGGUCAGCCAUACAGAAAAGCUUGACGAAUCUAAAAUUAUACAAGAUCCAACUGGAGCUGGAAAUGAUACCUUCAAGUUAUUUUGGCUUGACUAUUGUGAAGUAGAUAGCUCUUUGCUUCUUUUCGGUAAGAUUCAGACUCGAGAUGGUAAUUUAGUAUCUGGUGUCGUUCAAGUUAAUGGGUUAUGUAGAGAAUUAUAUUUCUUACCUAGAAAGCACAGAAUAACAAAUGAUGAAGAAGAUACUGAAGACGAAAUUACUGCAUUAGAUGUGCACGAAGAAGUUACACCAUUGUUAUUGGAAAAAUACGGCCUUGAAAGCAUUAAGGCUAAGCCAGAGACUAUGAAAUAUGCAUUCGAGCUUCCUGGUAUUCCAAAGGAAAGUGAAUACUUAAAAGUUUUGUUACCAUACAAGACUCCUAAAAAUAGGUCCUUAAUAAUUCCUUCUAAUUUGGAGGGAGAGACAUUCAGCCAUGUUUUCGGAACUAAUGCUAAUAUAUUCGAAACUUUUGUCCUGCAACGGAACAUCAUGGGUCCCUGUUGGUUGGAAAUUAGUAAUGGUAAUUUUACAGAGAUCCAGAACACAUCCCACUGUCAAGUUGAAGUUGCAGUUACCUCUCCUAAUUUUGUUAGGCCUAUUGUUGAUUUAAAGUUGGCACCUCCUAAUUUAACAGUAACUUCAAUUUCUGUCCAGACUAUUAUGAAUACAAAACAAAACAAACAAGAAGUUGCUUCUGUAUCCAUUGCGACAUAUCGUGAAUUACCACAAGACUCUCCGAUUGAUGAAAACAUUAAACCAGAUGACCUUGUAGUAUUGGUUAGACCGAUUGGAGCAGUGGCUGUACCUCCUGGACUUUCACAAUUGGCUCAGAAACAGGGGUUACCUUUAAGAACAUUUCCUAAUGAAAAAGCGUUAUUAAAUUGCUUAGCAGCUUUAGUCAAAAAUCUAGACCCGGAUGUGUUUAUUGGUCACAGAUUAGAGAAUAUUUCCUUAGAUGUGCUAGUUCACAGAAUGUAUGACUUGAAAGUAACCACAUGGUCUACAUUUGGACGUCGUAAUAGGAAAGCAUGGCCCGACAGAUUUGGUCGUAACAAUAGUGGUUUUAAUAAUAAUUUACAAAUUCGUGAAAUCUUCCAAGGGAGAUUAUUAUGUGACAUUGCUAAUGAAAUGGGUCAGUCGUUGACUCCCAAAUGUCAAUCUUGGGACUUAAAUGAAAUGUACGAUGUUGUUUGUCAUAAAAAACAGAUUCCAUUGGAAAUUAAUUUCCAUAAUCCAAGAUAUGCAGAAGAUGCGAGUUUCUUAUUGAUGGCCUUAAAGGAAAAUGCCUCUAACGUUAGAAUAACAGCAGAAGUUGCAUUUUCCAUUCAAAUAUUGUCAUUGUCAAAGCAAUUGACUAAUUUGGCUGGUAAUGCUUGGUCUCAUACCUUAAGUGGUACAAGAGCCGGUAGAAAUGAAUUUAUUUUGUUGCAUGAAUUUAAGAGGAAUAAUUAUAUCGUACCUGACAAGGAAGAUAAAUAUCACAAGAAUACGAAUCAUCAGCAACAAGCCAAAUUGGAAUCCAAUGAAGAAGAUGCUACUACUGCUACGUCUAAUAAAAAGCCGAAAUAUCAGGGUGGUUUAGUUUUUGAACCUGAAAAAGGUUUACAUAAGAACUAUAUUUUGGUAAUGGACUUUAAUUCUUUGUAUCCAAGUAUUAUUCAAGAAUAUAAUAUCUGUUUCACAACAGUGGAUAGAGAUAAUUAUAAUGCGGCUAAAAUUGAUGAAGGUGACUUACCUGAUAUCCCAGAUAGAGAUGUGGCACAGGGUGUGUUACCACGAUUAUUGAAUGCCUUAGUCUCACGUCGUCGUGAAGUUAAAAAAUUACUAAAAGACCCUAAAAACACUGCAAUAGAAAGAGCUCAAUAUGAUAUCAAACAGCAGGCGUUAAAACUAACGGCCAACUCGAUGUAUGGGUGUUUAGGGUAUGUUAAUUCAAGAUUUUAUGCCAAACCUUUGGCUAUGUUGGUCACCAACAAGGGUAGAGAAAUUUUAAUGGAUACGAGACAAUUAGCAGAAUCUAUUGGUUUGAGGGUUGUUUAUGGUGAUACUGAUUCCGUAAUGAUUGAUACAGGUGUAGACAAUUUCAAAGAGGCUAUUAAGAUUGGUGAAGAAUUCAAAAUCCAGGUCAAUGAAAGAUAUAAGUUAUUGGAAAUUGAUAUUGAUAAUGUUUUUAAGAGAUUAUUAUUACAUGCUAAGAAGAAGUAUGCUGCGAUGAAUACUAGUCUUGAUAGAAAGACAGGCCAAGAAGUUGUAAAAUUGGAAGUUAAGGGUCUUGAUAUGAGACGUCGUGAAUACUGUCAGUUAUCCAAGGAUAUAUCUACUUUUGUAUUGGAGAAGAUAUUGUCGGACGCCGAUCCAGAACAGGCAUUAAGUGAACUUUACGAAUAUUUGGAAGGCAUGACAAGAAAGAUUAAGGAUAAUGAAAUUCAGGUUGACAAAUUCAAAAUCAACACCAGAUUAUCUAAAGACCCAAACAGUUAUCCUAAUGGGAAAACUAUGCCACCAGUCCAAGUUGCAUUGAGACUAAGAGAACAGGGAAAAGUGAUCAAAGCAGGAAGUGUUAUAACGUAUAUCAUUACUGCACCUGCUUCUGAAAAUGAUAAAGCAUCUCCGGCAGAAAGAGCCAGGGCAAUUCAAGAGGUCUUGAAUAAACUGGCAAAUUUGAAACCUGACGCUGAUUUCUACUUGGAGAAGCAAAUUUUUGCACCUGUCGAAAGAUUGGUCGAUAGAAUUGAAGGUGUUGAUAUGAUGAGAAUAGCCAGUUCUUUAGGAAUUGAUACUAAAAAGUAUGUAUUAAGAGUUAAGAAUAGCGAUGCCACCAAUGGUGAAAUCCUUCCUUUGGAGUCCAAUAUCAGUGACAGCGAGAGAUUUAGACAAUCCAGCUACUUAGUAUUAGAAUGCAAGUGUGGAUCCAAGUUCAGAUUCGGCGGGAUCAUGGCCUCGAACGAGUACAAGGUCACCUUCAACGGUGUGUGCUGCUCCAAAUGUGAUUACACCUUCCCUAUUUUAAGAAUCACUUCUCAGGUAGAAUACACCUUAAGAAACCAUAUUUCAUUGUACUAUGCCGGCUGGUUAGUAUGUGAUGACUCCGCCUGUGGUAUUACAACGAGACAAAUCUCCGUUUAUGGUAGACGUUGUAUCGGUACAUCUGGCAAGGCACAUGGCUGCAAAGGUGUAAUGAGAUACAAAUACAGUGACAAGGCUUUAUACAACCAAUUAUUAUACCUCCAUUCAUUAUUUGAUGUUGAUAAGGCAAAGAAGAACCAACUCAGACCUAUAUAUGAUGUUGGUGCACCUCUGCCAUUAGCUUCUGGCCAAGUAGAUGCAUUGGCCGAGCAGAACAGAGAGCUAUUUUCCAUAUGUCAGAACGUAGUACAGAAAUAUUUAAGUGAAUGUGGUCGUCGUUAUGUGAAUAUGAGUUCUAUAUUUGAUUUUAUGAGUUCUUCUAAGUAG